AUGGCUUUCCCACUUCGCCGAAUCUACAUCACUGUGCCUUUUGCUUUGGGAUCUUCACCAGCUCAUUUGUUUCCAAGUAUCAAAAGCGCCUUCAACCUCCAACACAUCCACAACUCCCCCCAUUGCCUUGACCAUAUCCAGAUUAGGCAGCCCUCAAGGAAAGCUAUCCACAAUGCUAAAAGACUCGACGAUUUUGAUCUGCAGGAUCGGGUAUUUGUAAUCACUGGGGGCGGACGUGGAUUGGGUCUCGCAAUGGGCGAAGCGUUAAUCGAAGCCGGUGCCAAAGUCUACGCUCUGGACCGUCUCGAUAAGCCCAAUCUUGAUCUGAUUGCGGCCAAAGAAAAAUCCUAUGGUGGAUACAGCGGCAACUUAGAUUAUAUCAAGAUUGAUGUACGCAACAACAAGGAGAUCGAGAACGCCUUCGCGGCAAUCGCCGCGCAGCACAAGCGUCUAGACGGCCUGAUCGCCGCCGCCGGCAUCAAUCACCUCCAGAGCGCUCUUGAGCACUCCCAACAGACCCUGAAUGACGUAAUGACUGUCAACUAUAACGGUGUGUUCAACUCUGCCACUGCCGCUGCCCGCCAGAUGUUGAAGUACCAACAGGGAGGGUCCAUUGUGCUGGUCGCCAGUAUGAGUGGCCUCAUCGCCAACAAGGGCAUGACUUCGCCCGUCUACAACUCCUCAAAGGCGGCUGUUAUUCAACUUGCCCGCUCAUUAGCCAUGGAAUGGGGGCGCCACGGCAUUCGUGUAAAUUCACUCUGUCCCGGUCACGUUAUUACCCCCAUGGUUGAGGAGGUCUUCCAGCAGAACCCUGCCGCUCGCGCUACUUGGGAGGCAGAGAAUAUGCUUGGCCGCCUUGCAGUUCCACGGGAGUUCCGUGGUGCAGCCCUCUUUAUGCUAUCUGAUGCCAGUAGCUUCAUGACUGGUAGUAGCAUGGUCAUUGACGGUGGCCACACUGCCUGGUGA